ACUGAUCUAGUUUAUCCAUCAUGGCCGUCACGUCUCUAUGCUUGUGUGCCGAUCGCGUUCUCCGUUAACAACGAUUAGGGAUACGUGAAUAUAAAAAUAUUAUUUAUAAAUAGUAACAACAACGGCAAUACAAUAUCGCAAAACCGAAACGACGAAUUACGACAACGGUGGCCUUAGACGGGGUGCGUGCGGUUUUUAGUUGCUUCGUUUAUUUCUACGCUGAUAUGCGCUCUUCGCGAUUGUCCGACCGCUGUGCUACGCGCGUACGUUGAUCCUUGUAGUUUUUUGUGUGUGUCGAUGGGAUCAAGCCUCGAGAGCCAUGAAGCCGUACGACAAAUCAAACUCUUUUAUGAGGAGGGUCACGAAACGCGUGUCCGAAUACAUACCAGGAAUGACGUGGAUGAAUACGCUGAUUAGCGAUGCGCAAACCGAUGACGACCGUACGUCAAUGACCGAAAACGACGACCAACCUCCAGUGAAGAAACUAUGUACGUCCAAUAACUCAUUCACAAACACCAAAUACCCGCCUACUAAUUCUACUGACAACCACAGGGGUUCAAAUGUGAAUGUCCUUUUACCAGAAAUAUCUGCCGUUACUUGUAUACCAAGUACAAGUAAACAAAGCCCAAAAUUUACAAGCCAAUCGAGUUCUCCCUUAGGUAUUCGUGAUACUGGCCUGCGAGCUGGCAUUAGAAGUAAACCUCCUGGUUAUAAUAAACGAAAAUGUGAUGUGGUAGAUUUGUCAAAUAUUACCAGACCCGGUCCAACAACAGUUUACAAUUUUGCUUCAUCAACACCUACAAUAAUUACAGCAACUAAUCAACCACUUAAAAUUAGUUUAAAAAGAUCGCUAAAUUUAGACAAUUCAUCUACUAGUAAUGAAUUUUUAACACCAACUUCAUCAAAACUGAUCAAACCAAGGGAGAAUGAAUCGCAUCAACAAUCUUCAUUAAAAUUUCAUGAUACAUCAACUAACCACCAAGUACCCUCAGCAUCAUUUAGGUGGGAUACAUUUGUCAAUUAUGGAGAAUUAUCAGAGCGUCAAAAAUUAUUUGCCCAAAAGUCACCUUUAAAUUGUUCUCAAGUUAUGUAUGGGGGCAGUUCUGCACGUUCAAGUUUAUCAAAAAUUUUAGGUAAUACUCCACCAAUUCAUAGAAAAGCAGUGAUACCGAUAUCUUCUUCAAAUAAUAGUGAAAUUAGAACAACUUCAUCUAUUCUUCUAGAACAUAUUUCCACUAAGAACAAGGAAAUCGAAGAAAAUAAAUUUAUUAUUCAACCUAAAGUGCAUCAAAGGCAUAAAGCAGUACAAAAAAAUGUACCUAUUAAAGUCGAAUCCACCAUCAAAAUUGUUGAAACAACACCUGAGAAAUCUGAUAGCAAAUCCAGUGAAGUCUCAUCAAAUUAUUCUGGCCGAGUUGAUUCAAAUACUACUAGAAAACUUCGAGUUAAUCUUUCAAAGAAGGGCCGUGUUCUUAAGUCUGAUGAACUUGAAAUGCCCACUGAAGUUAAUUUGCCUAAGGUUUCUUUGUCAAUGACUUCAUUGCCAAGUAUCGAUUUAUCAAAUACUAAUGUUGAGGAUAAUGAAUUCUCAUUCAAUCAACCAUUAACAAUAGAACAAUUUAGUUCACAAAUUGUAGAGAAAACAAGUAGAAAAAAACACAAAAUGACUUUAAAGAAAGCACAAAAUACCAACAUAGAAAUAAAUAGUAAAGAUCAAUCUAGCACCAAAAUUCCAAGUACAAAUUUUAAUAGUUCUACAAGUGAAACCUUUGUAAAACAAUCUACUAAAGUAUCAAUGACUAAUAAUGAUACUCCAAUUGAAAAUUCAAAUAAAAAUGACAAGGUGUCAGAAUUUAGAUUUAUUGAUGAUAAUAGUUCUAAAAAUAUUCUGAAAACCUCAUUGCCAUGCUCUGACUCAAAAUUAGAAUCUACAAAACCAGUAGAUAAGGAUUAUGUCAGUUCACCUAAAAAAUCAGAAAAUAGUAAUAAAAAUCAAUUAGUACCAGAAAAAUCAUCUACUGAACUAAAAAAGUGGUCUUGUGAUGCGUGUUGGGUUUCAAAUGAUGCUGAUAAAACAAAGUGUAUUGCUUGUCAAACUCCCAAAUGUGAGAAAACUCAAACACCAGUAUUAAAUGUUGUCAAAUCAAGUACAUGGACUUGUGAUACUUGUUGGGUUCCCAAUAAAAAUGAAAUCGAAGUUUGUGUUGCAUGCCAAACACAGAAGCCUGGUACAACCAAAAAACUUGCGAUUCAAAGUACUACUUGGACUUGUGACGGUUGCUGGGUAAAAAAUAAAAGUGAUUGUACCACUUGUAUUUCAUGUGGAACUGCAAAACCUGGGUCUGCUCCAGAAAAUAAACCUUUGCCUUCAACUCAAUUUAAAUUUGGGUUAAACAACAACACAUUUGAAAAUUCAAGUGCUAGUCAAUUUAAAUUUGGAUUUGAUAGUAGUAAAAAUGUUCAACCAUCUAAUCAGUUUAAAUUUGGAAGUACUGAACCAUUUUCAAGUUCUGAUAAUGUCAAAUCAGACACUUCUGUCAAUGAAUUUAAAUUUGGUGUAGUUAACAAUAAAACUGAUCAACCCCUUAAUACAUUUAAAUUUGGCUCUGAUAGUAAAUCAAGUUUGCCAAUAAAGAAAGUAGUUGAAGGAACACAUAUCAAUAGUAUUGAUAAUUCCGAAACUAAGUUUAAGUUUGGUUUUGAAAUGCAUCCAUAUCAUUCUGAUGGUCAGUUUAAGUUUGGGCAAAGUGCCUCAACUAAUAAACCAAUUACACAGUUUAAAUUUGGUUCAGAUAAAAUUGAGAAUGAUAAAUCUGUUCAUCAAAAUCCUGUUGUUGAUAGUAAUUUAGUUAAACAAUCUACAAAUGAAUUUAAAUCAUUAGUAAAUAAUAAAAAUGAAGAAUCAGAAAAAACAUUAGAGUUACAAAACCAAAGUAAUAAGCGUAAAGUUAAUGACAUUAAUGAAAAUGCCAGUCCCAAAGCAUUGUAUAGUUCUGUUGUAAGUAACAGUAAUAACUCAAAUUCAUUAAUGAAUGUUGGAUGUAAAAAUGAAGAUCUGUCUAAAGAGAAAUUUGUAUGGGAUAACAAAGUAAAAACUGUUGAAAAUAAGCCAAUAAUGAACUUUGGUUCAAUUCAGCCUGUUCAAUCUGCAACUGAAAAUACAAAUCAGUUGGUAAACGGUCAUUCGAAUCCUAUUGAAACAUUGAAUGAAGAACAAAAACCAGGUUUAAUUAAGACUUCUCAAUUAUUCAGUUUUGGUUCUUUAGCAAAACAAGAUCAAAAUGUGCCUGUUGACCAAAAAAGUCCUAAAAUGUUUACAUUUGGAUCUACUACUAAUGAUAACAAAUCAUUUGCUUCACCAAUAAUGGGUAGUAGUAGUUUUCCUAGUACUGCUCCAGUUUUUGGUGCAAGUAAUUCUAUUUUUGGUAGUGUAACUACUACAUCGACUCCAGCAACACUGGGUUCAUCUAUACCAACACCUCAAUUUUCAUUUGGUUCAUUAGCUCCUCAGGUUACCAACAGCUUUUUUUCAAAGUCUUCUAACGACAAUGAUAAAAAACCAUUAGCUCAAACUUCUAAUUCAUUCAAUUCUACAAAUGUUGGAUUUUCAUUUGGUGCACAAUCUCCACCCGUAUUUAGUGUUCCUAAUGCUGGAGGAUCUAUAAAGAUGUCUGCAACGGAUGAGGAUCCGACUAAAUGUAUAACAAAUAAUAUAUUCAGUCAACCAAGCACAAAACAACCUAUUAAAUUAGAUCCUAAUGCACCUAUUUCAAUUAAUUUUACUGGUGGAGCAACUACUCAAUUUACUGCAAAACCAGAAACAACUGAGCCUCCUACUAAACGAAAAAUUUUAAAACCUGUUAGAAGGAUUCGGUAAAACAUGGACGUACUGCUUGUGUAUUUUGUAAGUUGCAUUGUUUUUAUUGUAUAACAAGAUUUAAAUGUAAUAUAAAAAUUGUUCAAUGUUUGAACUGAUUCUUGUCAUUAUAUUUGUAUAAUAUUAUUCUGUGGUUAACAAAAGCUUAUUUAAAAACAGGUUGAGGUCAAUAUUUUUUUAGACAAAUAAACAAUUAUUAUUUGGAUAUUAAAUUACAUUUGACAACAUAAUUUGAUGGCGCACAGAAUUUGGAGAUAUGUUAAUAACAUAUUAAUAAAAUAUUUUUUAAUUUUAAUUUGAACUAUCUGAUUCAAACUAUAUACAUAUACUAACUACUUUAAACUGUCAAAUGGUUUCUUUUUUAAUAUUAUUUUGGUAAAAAAAAAAAAAAAAAAUAUUUAUAUAUUAUCAACUAUUGUCCGUUUUAAUUUUUGAUAUUUUGAAUUGUGUAACUUAUUGAAAAACAAAUUUUAUAAACAAAUAAAUGUAUGCAUUUUUCUUAGAAUUUGGUUCCAACAGUUGAAAUUUUACUUAUGUUUAUAGAUGCAACUUAUUAUAGAUAUAUAAAAUAAAAUGAUAAUUUAUUUUAUUCCACAAAGCAAUUAGGAUUAUGCUAAUAUUUUAUAUAUUAAUUAUUUUCAAAAUAAUAUAUGUUCUGUGUUUCUUAUUUUUGUCAGUUAUUUUUUGUCCAUUUUAAUUUUAUUACUUAUAAUUAAUCUAUUAAAUUAAAUCUAAACAUUAUUUAUUAUUAAAAAAUAUAAAAUUAAUUCAACAUUUAAAAUAUCUAUGUUCUCAUCUUACUGUGCGCCGCCUUUUCACUUCUAUAAUCAUAUUUAAACUGUUUAUAACAUGUUUAUUUUAUUUUUGUUAAUUUAAUACAUUGAUACAUAUUAACAUGUUUUAUUGUUUAAUAUUUGCUUUAUGUUAUAAAAACAUGUAACUGUUUAAAAAUGAUAUUUUUAAAUGUAUUAAAUGGAUGUACAACUAUAUCGUUUUAGUGAGUUUAAUUAAUUUAAUGAUCAUUUAUUGGCUACUAUGUGCCAUUCUAUUGUUAUAAUACAAGACAAUUAUAAGUGUUAUUAUUUAAUAACUCGUGGUAUACAGAACACAACAUUAUUUUAUUUAAUGUUGUAUAUUAUAAUAUAUGUUAAAUAAUGUUUCUUUUCUUUUAGUGGUUAUAUUUGUUUUUAAGUGUAAUAUUCUAAGUCUGACCCUAAGAAUUUCUAUUGGCAACAGAAGUGUGGUUAUACUGUAUGAAUUAUAUUCAAAUGAUCCCUUAUUUUUAUUUCAAAAAAUAAUUCCUAAAUAUACAGGUAUUAUAUUUUAUUUUUGUAUAGUAAAAUGUAAAAAAUAACUAUUACAUUAUUAGUUAAAAGUUAGCCAAAUGGCUUGGAUGUCUGUGAUAUUCUUGUGGGUCAGGCUAUGUUCGAUGAAAAUUAUAGCAGGCUCACUCCUUUGAAAUAAAUGUAUUUUUAAUUUAAAAACUUAAAUAUACAUUUAAUAUGUUAUAUAUAUAAAAAAAAGUAAAAUAAAGGAUACUUUAGGUAUUUUUAAAUUUCAGACAGUUUAUUUCCAUUUAUUUAGUUGCAUCAGUAAGUAGUUAUUAUUAUAUUGUUAUCUUUUUUUUUAUAUAUAUACAUUUGUUGUAAAGUGUUGCUGAUUAAUAUUUUGUAAACUGAUAAGUGGAAAUAAACUAAUUUGACUGUGAUGUAAGGAUAUAAUUUAUUUUUGUCCAAGUGAGUAAUUUUAGGAGUAAGGCUGCUAAUUUGAGCUUCAUGUAGCCUAUUUUUCUUUAUAAAGUGUACAGUCUUUUAGUUAAGUGUACUUUAAGUCUAUAAAUUUAAUUUUAUAAUAGUUAACAUUACAUUUCUUAAAAAAUUGUAAUUUAGGUACAAUACAUAAUAAAAUUAUACGUUUUGUUUAUUUUUUAAA